GCGCUCCAUUCCGAUUUAACACAACAACCGUAGCUCGAAACGCGAUGACCCCAUAACCAUGGUACCCCCAGAAGGAAGGAAGGAAACCGCCGAAUCGAGGAUACUAACAAAACACCAGCGAGAAUAUCAUCGAAAUCAUCGCUGUAAAACGCCCAACAUGAACCGAAACCAAAACACCCCGAGCUUGACGAAAAGGCCCCGGUAUCUAGAGCCACAGAUGUGGAAUCCUUAAAGCUUAACAAAAAGCACGACAGGACUCCAACAUCCUGGCCCUCCACAUGAUAAACCCGCAAAAACGCCCAACCAACCGCCUCAAUCCUCACCCUCGAUAACCAUCCCCCUCGCAUUCGGCACCCCAACCAAAAUCUUCCCCUUCGGCACCCUCACAUCCUUCACCUUCAUACACCCAAACACAUUCAGCUCUCUCAGAUUAGGACAGCUCCGGAAGAUACACCCCACCACAAAAUCUGUCACCUCCUCGCAAAACGAAAUCUCCAUCUUGUGCAUAUUCUCAUACGUUUUAUCCGCCGUGAACACCUCCUCAAACGCCUUGCAGGAAAUGUGACGACAACCAUGAACAUUCAGAUUCUGGAGCGUCUUGCCCGAGUGAGCCAUCAGGGCCUUGAACCCUUCAUCGCAAAGGCCGAUACCGUCGGGGUUCUCGCGAGGUUUCGUUGAUUCGAGUUGGCGACAUUUCUGGAGGUCGAGGAAGACUAGACCGGGGUUGGACCAGGUUGAGGUGAAGAGGCGGCCAAAUCCGGCGUCGGUCAUGAGCUCACUGUCGGUGAUGCGGAGCUUCUUCAGAUUGCGACAGUGCAUGUGGAGGGCGUCGAGGACUGUGUUGUCUAGCUCGGGGACUCUGGUCAAGCACAGUGUUUCGAGCUGGGGUCCGAUGGCGGUCAAGAGUUUGACGUAUACAUCCGGGUGGAUUGCCUCGCGCAAGUCGAGGGACAGAUGGCGGAGAGUGGCAAUUUUGGCGAUGUGGUUCAGGCCUUCACCGGUGACUGCUUGGUUGUGGCAGACUUUGAGGCGGGUGAGGUUGGGACAGCUAGUGGGAAUAACUGCAAGAACAGCAUCCGUAAAAUGCUUGUCUGUCCAGUAUACCCGAAGUGAUCGCAGGGGCUGACCCUUCUUUUGAAGAUACUCGAUCCAUUUCCCUUCGGAGAUGAGAUUGCACCCGUGAAGAUACAAAUCUUCAAGGACGAUAUGACGGUCGACGAGAUACUCUACCACUUCGUCCUUGAAGUGGAUGGCGUUGCGGACUUUGAGUUUCUUGAGUUCCGGGACCGAAUGGAAGAUGCGAUAGAAGUCGUCCGCACUGAGCUUGGCGCCGUCAUAUACGAGCACUCCCUGGUUGCUUGGUUUCAGGAACAGGCUGAGUGUCGUGGGGUUGAGAAGACGGUGCUUGGAAAGCUUUCGAGCAAUCUUGUCUACAAUUUUGGGUGGCAAGUCACCCAAAUCCUCGGCAAGAUCAAUGUUCUUUGCCAAGGUCUGAAUGCACAAAGACAUCAGGCUCUUGCCGCCGACAUGGUAUGUUCCAUCCAAAAUCCUGCUCUGGGUCUGGCGACGUGCACCCACUGGUCCUCCGCUGGCACGCUUGGUCUUCUUCUUGGGAGCAGGAUCAUCCUUAGCAAGCUCCUUUCCACAAGGUGAACAGACCAAGCCUCCGUCAGGGGCAUUGCGGGAGUACGGUGUUACCGUAAACCGUGUGUUGCAGAUGGCACAGUUCUCCAUCUGGCCCGGUAGAGGCUUCGCACGCUCGUUGAAAAGCGCGCGGACAAUGUCGUCGUCGUCGUCAUCUGAAGCGUCAGGAUCGCGCUUACGUUUCUGGAACUUCUUGCUGGCCUUGAUCUUAUCAAUAGCGUGUUUUUCCUUCUCUUUUUUCCGCCGCUCGACUUCAGAGGUUGCCUGGGCUCCGCUUCUUCCUCUUGUUACUCGACCGGUAGAUGCCACAACGGGCUCGUCCUCGUCAGAUUCCGGUGACUGGGUGUCGAAAUCGCCAUUCUCAUUCAAGAGUUGUUGUUGAGCAGCAUCAGCUUGACCUUCUUGGUUGUCCUGGGCAGCCGCUCUACGACGAGCCUCAGCAUCAAGUCUGAUUUGGUUUGCCGAAAUGUUAUGCGACUGUUGGCAGUUAGUUGGUUUGAUCUGUCCUGAAUUGGGGCUCAAGAUGUCAGGGGCGACCACUUACAGCCAAAAAGUCCGUCAAGGCCGAUUGUCUGCACCAGAUAUCUGUCAGCUAACAUGACCUUUGCAAGCGCCGUUUACAAGACCAAAAAAUACUAACGGGCCCAUAAUACGGCGCCCAACCGUCCGAGUCUGUCGGGACCUUUCUCUCAUGUUAGAAUGUGUUGAUCUCAAGACGGCGCGAGAUAAGAUAGGCAAUACUCACAUAUUGGCUAUCUCGAAGCUUUGCCUGUGACAGUUUGGGAGGGAAGCUAUAACAAGAUGGAUGAAUGUCGACCUGACAGCCUGAGUUUAGAUCGCCCCAGGGUAAAAAUUGGGAAUAAAGCGACAUGCAGCGACAAACGCGAAGAGGGGCAAAAUCAAUUUAAACUCGCCCCCAUUGUUGACGCCAAAGCACCUGACUUUGAUUCCAAGGCUGGAGCUGAACUCCAAAAGGAGAGAGCAGCAAGGGGCGAGUGGACCGUGCGAGACAAAAAGUCAACCCAAGAAGGGCAACUUGCUCCUCCCGUUCCUGCCGUUCCUUGCCUGGUUUGCCUCUUGCUGCCUGGACUACGUGGAGAAAAAGCAAAGCUCCAGCAAAUCAAUCAAGGCCCAGGUCAUGUGCUUUCGUGUCAGAUGGAAACGCGAACCUGAACCCCUACCUGGGCACCUGGCACUGCUCUCAGCUUUUCCCGCCUCUAGCUUGCACAGCGCAGCCCUUUCACCUCCUGAAGGUGGCGACGACAAUAAAUUUCUUUCUCACUGCCUCCAUUGUCCCACGAGGUUUUCAUUGACCAAUUAUCGCCCGUGGACUUUUUGUUGCUUGGUGGCCUUUUCCUCCCUUUCCUCGGCGCAGACUGCGUGCACACCAUUUUACUCUGAUCCCCAGAUCACCGUGGUGGGAGCACUUUCCAAGCUCGCUGAUCAGGGGCUUGAUUGAUUGACAACCCGCUCCCUACCUAUUCAUCUGCACAACUCAACCGAUUUCUUCUAACAAAUUUUGAGUAUCAAGCCGCUAUUGUUUUCUUGUGAAAUCUCUCUCUUGCGGACAUCAAAAAUUCUACAACCCACAAAACCGUACCCUCUUUCGUCAGAAAUACACCUCCACCUUCGGAUCAACAUUGGUACUUCAAGAUGGUACAGACGAGGAGGUCGCUCGCAGCCGGCGAGAUUGUUGUGGCGUCCCCUCAGCCCGACUCAGUCCCCUCGGUCAAGCAAAGAGGCAAACCCCCAGCCAAAAAGCUGGCUCUGAGCACAGAAUCAUCUGCUUCGCCGACCCCCCAAGCCUACUCCUCGGCAAGUGAAUAUUCGACGCCGCUUACUAGCAAUGUUGCGACGCCAGUACCUACCGAGGCCCCCUUGACUGUUCCAGGGAAGAGGAUCGAGGUGGUACUUACCACUCGGAGAGCCCGUGCUAGACCUUCAAAGGUCCCCGAAGACGACCCAUACUCUGUCGCACCCAAGCGCAAGAGAAAUGUCAUCGAGGACAGUGAGGAAGAGCUCUCGGACUAUUCCCCAGAUGCUGAGCUUGCGCGGAGGUUGCAGAAGGAGGAAGACGCUGCUGCUGCCAAUUUCGCGAUCCCCUCUCUCCAAACAAAGGCUAAAACCCGAUCUCGGCGAGCCGGUCUAACUAAGGGCAAGACCGAGGCCAUGUUCACUUCUCCACGUGCACGUGCACCCGUUCGCCGUUAUGGUAAGAAGAACGAGGAAGUGUCUCUUCCACAAACAUCAAAGACGCGAGUGGGUGUUAAGAGACCCGCCAUCGUUUCAGAUUCAGAGGAUGACGACGACGACGAGAAUGAUGACGACUUUGAAGAGGUCGACAGCGAUGACUCUCUUCCGUUGAUCAAGACGCGAGCAGCAAGACCACCAACCGGUCCAAUCAGGAACCACGAUCUCAACGUGGCUGAAGGUGAGAGCGAGAUCUCUGAAGACGACUUUGAUGGCACCGCCGACGAUGUUAGCGACGACGAUGGCAGCAACAUCGCGUCUGAAGUUGGCAGCACCGCUGGAGCCCCAACUAAUAGGAGCAAUUCGGCUAUUCGCACAGCCAUGGCCAAUCGACGCGCUUACAGAUCUUAUGCGAAUUCUCGACGUGUUAGGAAUGAUCGUCGUCGUCUUGAGAAAAAUCACCCCGAGCUCACGACAAUGUGGGAGGAUCUGAAGAAUAUGCCCAUUUUAAAGGCUGGAAAGGCGGUGCAGCCAACGUCCAUUUCUCGCCAGCUGAAGCCUUUCCAGCUUGAGGGAUUGGCUUGGAUGCAGGCGAUGGAAAAGACCGAGUGGAAGGGGGGCCUUCUGGGUGACGAGAUGGGCCUUGGCAAAACAAUCCAGGCCGUUUCCCUCAUCAUGUCCGACUUCCCGCAGCCAAAGCCGACACUGGUGCUCGUCCCUCCGGUUGCUCUGAUGCAAUGGAUGACUGAGAUUGAAUCCUAUACCGACGGUACACUGAAGACGCUUGUCUAUCACGGCACAAACGCCAAGUCCAAGAAUAUCAAGAUGAAAGAUAUUAAGAAGUAUCAUGUCAUCAUCAUGUCCUACAACAGCUUGGAGUCGGUCUUCCGCAAGCAAGAAAAGGGAUUUAAGCGCCAAGGAGGUCUUGUCAAGGAGAAGUCUGUCAUCCACCAGACCGAGUUUCACCGCAUCAUUCUUGACGAGGCUCACUCCAUCAAGACGAGAACCACGAUGACAGCCAAGGCGUGCUUCGCCCUCAAGGUCACAUACCGAUGGUGCUUGUCCGGGACUCCUCUGCAAAAUCGCAUUGGCGAGUUUUUCUCCUUGAUUCGUUUCCUCAAUGUCCGUCCAUUCGCAUGCUAUUUAUGCAAGCACUGUCCCUGUAAGACAAUGGAAUGGUCUAUGGACGAGGACAGUCGCUGCACCGAGUGCAAGCAUGGAGGCAUGCAGCAUGUUUCGGUCUUCAACCAGGAGCUGCUCAACCCGAUCCAAAAGUACGGGAAUAGUGGAGAGGGCGCCGAGGCCUUCAAGAAGUUGCGCGUCCUGACGGAUCGAAUCAUGCUCCGUCGGCUCAAAAAGGACCACACCGACUCGAUGGAGCUGCCUGUGAAGGAGAUCAAUGUUGAACGUCAGUUUUUCGGCGAAGCUGAGAACGAUUUCGCAAACUCGAUCAUGACCAACGGUCAACGCAAAUUCGAUACCUAUGUGGCCACCGGUGUUCUCCUCAACAACUACGCCAAUAUCUUCGGUUUGAUCAUGCAGAUGCGCCAGGUCGCUGAUCACCCGGAUUUGCUCCUGAAGAAGCACAGCGAGGGCGGCCAAAACGUCAUCGUGUGCGCCAUAUGCGACGAGACUGCGGAGGAUGCCAUCCGAUCUAGGUGCAAGCAUGACUUCUGCCGCACAUGUGUCAAGAGUUACCUGAAUUCGGCAGAGGAGCCCAACUGCCCACAAUGCCACAUUCCCCUCUCGAUUGAUCUUGAGCAGCCCGAGAUUGAGCAGGACGAGACCAUGGUCAAGAAGUCCUCGAUCAUCAACCGGAUCAAGAUGGAGAAUUGGACGUCCUCGUCCAAGAUUGAGCUUUUGGUCCACGAGCUCCACAAGCUGCGCUCGGACAAUGCCUCUCACAAGUCGAUCAUAUUUUCACAGUUCACAACCAUGCUUCAGCUCAUCGAGUGGCGUCUCCGCCGUGCGGGUAUCACCACUGUGAUGCUUGAUGGUAGCAUGACACCUGCUCAGAGACAGGCUUCGAUUCAUCAUUUCAUGACCAAUCCGGAUGUGGAAUGCUUCCUCGUCUCGCUCAAGGCUGGUGGUGUAGCGCUCAACUUGACAGAGGCGUCUCGCGUCUUUAUCGUCGAUCCCUGGUGGAAUCCCGCAGCUGAGUGGCAGAGCGCCGAUAGAUGCCACCGCAUCGGGCAGACGCGACCCUGCACGAUCACGAGACUGUGCAUCGAAGAUUCGGUAGAGAGCCGCAUGGUGCUCCUGCAAGAGAAGAAGACCAACAUGAUCAACUCGACUAUCAACUCGGACGAUGCCGCCAUGGACUCGCUGAGUCCGGAGGACCUGCAGUUCUUGUUCCGUGGCAGCUGA